AUGGGGACCGUCGGGUCGCCAGAGAAGAAGGCGACUGGCAUUGAACUCGGACAAGAGAUGGAAACUCAAAAGGAAUUAGAUGAAGACUGGAAAGAUUUACAGCCCACUCAAAGGGAAACAUUAGCCGAUACAGAAAAGCAGCCUGAUGGCACUAAAGACACUGGCGAGAAACUUAGCAACGAGAAAUUUAGCGCAGAGAAACUCAGUGCCGAGACAACCGAGGCACCCCCUCGUCGUCCUAAAACGCCAGGCUUUAGACGACGGAAGUCUCCCAAACGCAGUGCCGAGAGGGUGGUAUCACCGCAACAAGCUAGAUCGAUUAGGUGUGAAAGGAAAAGUUUAUUAAGUAGAGAGAAAAUCCAACCAACUGAACGGAGCAAAUCGCCUCCUGCUCGAACAAAAACGCCGACGAGUGAAUUGCCAAAGCGAUUAUCGCGUGAAAGCACCCUAGGGAAAUUGCCAUCAUCUGCUGAAAAUGCUGACACUCCACGGAGUGAGACUCCAACUACUGUAGCGAAGAAGAGCUUACGGCAUGGAAUAGGAAUAAUGGACGAGCAUUUGGAGCGAAUAUUAGCUGAACUGGAGAAUCAGGAAUGGUAUCAUGGAUUUCUACCAUUCGAGGAUAUUGCGGAGCUUCUUAUGAACGAUGGUGACUUCUUAUUGAGAGCUCUAGAUCCGGUCGGGGAGAAGCCCCCUAUGCCCUGCGUUACAGUGAAAUGGAAGGAGGUAAUCGAUCAACCAAUACAUUAUCGUGUAAGAGGAGAGAAUCGUCUUUUCUCUCUAGAUGGCAUGUUUCGAAAUCCAGAUAUUAUUGAAAUAAUUAAGUUCCACAAAGAAAGCGGUACACCGAUUGGUCCAGGAGGAGCCAGAUUGAUAACUCCAAUUCCAAAGCAGAAAUGGGAAUUAACGAGGAACAAGAUCACAAUAGGCGAAAAAAUUGGCGAAGGACAUUUCAGCGAAAUAUUUGCUGGAACGCUUCAAGAAGGCAAAACCCGCGCACCGAUCAUCGAGGUCGCUAUUAAAAAAGUAAGAGGAGCUGUCAUAAUACCAUAA